AUGGCACCGGAGGAGAAGGAUCCCCAGGCAGCUGCAGCAGCAGCACCGCCUCCCCCUGAGGCCAAUGCGGCUGCUGGAGAGAAGGAGGAGGACCCUGAGAGGAAGAAGAAGAAGGAGGAGAAGGCGCGGGAGAAGGAGCUGAAGAAGCAGAAGGCAGCGGAGAAGGCAGCCAAGGCCAAGGCAGCCGCUGCUGCUGCCGCUUCUGCUGAGCCGUCCAAGAAGGCCGAGGCGAAGGCAAAGAAGGCAGCAGCGGCAGCAGCAGGGGGGGGGGCAGGCGAGGAGGCAGAUGCAGCGAAUCCGCCCACGGAGCCUGGGCAGAAGAAGCACCUCGCCAAGGAGAUGGCCAAGGCGUACAACCCCAAGGCCGUUGAAGCAUCGUGGUACGAGUGGUGGGAGCACGCAGGGUUCUUCAAAGGCAACAACCAGAGCACCAAGCCUCCCUUCGUCAUUGUGGUGCCUCCUCCCAAUGUGACGGGAGCGCUGCACAUCGGGCACGGGUUGACAGCAGCAGUGGAGGACACGAUCGUGCGGUGGAAGAGAAUGAGUGGCUACAACGUGUGCUGGGUACCUGGAACGGAUCAUGCCGGCAUUGCCACCCAGGUGGUGGUGGAGAAGAAGUUGAUGAGGGAGAAGGGUCUGUCUCGCCACGACGUGGGCAGGGAGGACUUUGUCAAGGAGGUGUGGAAGUGGAAGGAGGACUAUGGAGGCCGCAUUGGGAACCAGCAGCGCAAGAUGGGGGCUUCUCUUGACUGGUCCCGAGAGUGCUUCACCAUGGACGACAAGCUGUCCCGUGCCGUCACAGAGGCAUUUGUCAGGCUGCACGACCAGGGGCUCAUCUACAGGGACAACCGCCUGGUCAACUGGGACUGUGUCCUCCGAACAGCCAUCUCCGAUAUUGAGGUGGAGUAUCACGAGCUGAAGGGUCGCACGCUCCUCCCUGUCCCUGGCUACGACAAACCCGUGGAAUUCGGAGCCAUCACCUCGUUCGCAUACCCCUUAGAAGCAGACUCAGCACAGGGAGAAGGCGCCGCUGGUGCAGGCAGCGAGGGGGCUCUGACUGAGAUUGUGGUGGCAACCACCCGGCCGGAGACCAUGCUGGGAGAUACGGCAGUGGCGGUUCAUCCGGAUGAUCCUCGUUAUAAGGCGCUUCACGGCAAGUUUGCGGUGCACCCGUUCAGCGGGAGGCGGAUUCCGAUUGUGUGCGAUGCUGAGCUGGUGGACAUGGCGUUUGGAACUGGCGCUGUGAAGAUCACUCCCGCCCACGACCCCAACGAUUUCGCCACGGGCAAGCGGCACAACCUGGAGUUCAUUAAUAUCUUCACGGACGAUGGGCUGAUCAAUGCUAACGGUGGGAAGGAGUUUGAAGGGAUGAAGCGGUUUGACGCUCGCACGGCUGUUCUGGAGAAGCUGCAGGAGAAGGGUCUCUACAGGGGCGUAGCGGACAACCCCAUGCGGCUUGGCUUCUGUUCCCGCAGCAAGGAUAUUAUUGAGCCCAUGCUCAAGCCGCAGUGGUAUGUCAGCUGCGCUGACGUGGCGGCUGACGCGUGCCAGGCUGUCAGGGACGGCCAGCUGGAGUUCAUCCCCAAGGCGCAUGAGGAGACGUGGUUCAGAUGGCUGGAGAACAUCCGUGAUUGGUGCAUUUCCCGCCAGCUCUGGUGGGGCCACCGCAUCCCGGCGUGGUACGUCACCUUCGACCAAUCAGACGAGGCCGCCGCCCGCGACUUCCCCGUCCGCGAUUUCGGCGCUUACAACACCAACUGGGUCGUCGCCCGCACCGACGACGAAGCGCGCCGGGCAGCCGAAAUAAAGUUCCCGGGCAGAAAAUUCGAGAUCGGGCGGGACCCGGAUGUGCUGGACACGUGGUUUUCGUCGGGGCUGUUUCCGUUCUCCGUGUUUGGGUGGCCGGAGGAGAGUGCUGAUUUCAAGGCGUUUUAUCCCACCGCGCUGCUGGAGACGGGGCAUGACAUCCUCUUCUUCUGGGUCGCCCGGAUGGUCUUCAUGGGGCUUCGGUUGACAGGACAGCUGCCCUUCAAGCAGGUCUACCUACACGCCAUGGUGCGCGAUGCUCACGGCCGAAAGAUGUCCAAAUCCUUGGGCAAUGUGAUCGACCCUCUGGAGGUGAUCAACGGCAUCACCCUGCAGCAGCUGCAGGCGAACCUCGAGAAGGGCAACUUGGACCCGCGGGAGGUGAAGAAGGCGCAGGCAGGCCAGGCCGCGGAUUUCCCCAACGGCAUUGCUGAGUGCGGCUGCGACGCCCUGCGAUUCGCCCUCGUCAACUACACCACUCAGUGGAUGAACAUCAAUCUGGACAUCCAGCGAGUGCACGGCUACCGCCUCUGGUGCAACAAGCUCUGGAACGCAAUCCGAUUCGCCAUGCUCAACCUCGGGGACUCCUUCACGCCCCCGUCCGUCCUCCCCCAACCCUCCUCCUCCUCCUCCUCCUCCGCCUCUCCUGCCCUCACUCCCACGCUCAACUUUGCCUUCUCUGCGCCGCUCCCGCUGUCCUGCCGCUGGAUUCUCUCGGUGCUCAACGCUGCGGUUACGCGUGCGGUAACCGCGCUGGAGGGGUAUGACCUGGCAGAGGCGACCAACGCAGCGUACGCGUGGUGGCAGUACCAGCUGUGCGACGUUUUUAUCGAAGUGGCCAAGCCGGCCUUUAACGCUGCUGAAGGGGAGGAAGCGUUGAAGCUGAAGCAGGUGACGCGCGAGGUCCUCUGGGUGUGUCUGGACGCGGGUCUGCGUCUCCUCCACCCCUUCAUGCCAUUCGUCACGGAGGAGCUCUGGCAGCGCCUUCCCAAACCAGCCGACUACUCCUGGCCUUCCAUCAUGCUCGCCCCCUACCCAUCUCCUGUCAAGGAGUGGGCAGAUCCUGAAGCAGAAGCAAUGAUGGUGACAGCAGAAAGCGCGGUUCGCUCCAUUCGCUCCCUGCGCAUGGCCUAUGCCCUGCAGCCCAAGCAGCGGCCCACCGCGUAUGCUCAGUGCAAGAGCGAGGCUGCUACUGCUGCUGUGACGGCUGCUGUGGGGGAGAUCAAGACUCUUGCCACACUCGCAGAGCUGCAGGUGCUCCCAGCAGGGGAGUCAGCCCCGGCAGGGUGUGCAGUGGCAAUAGUGGAUGAGAGUCUGUCCGUGCACGUGCUGCUGAGGGGGAUGGUGGACGCCAAAUCAGAGGCACAGAAGCUGGGCAAGCGCAAGGGCGAAACCGCCAAGCUCCAGGAGGCUCUUGCCAAGAAGAUGGGUGUACCGGGGUAUGAGGAGAAGGUGCCAGCGAACGUGCGGGAGGAGAAUGCCAGCAAGGCUGCCAAGCUGGCAGCUGAGCUGGCGAGCAUUGACGAGGCGAUCAAGAACUUUGAGAAGCUCAUGCUUGAUGAAGCCUCUUCCUGA